AUGUUAACAAGCGAGUUGCAACGUCUCAAACAAGUACCGGAACAGUACCACUUGAUGGGCCCAAUCAAGUCUAUUCCCCGUACAUUCUUCAAUCUAUUUCCUUUAAACGAUCUUAAUCCGAGUAUUGGGUUUUCCACCUCUUUGGCUUCUACUAGCAAUGGUGCGGUAACCAAGAUGACCAACAUAUCUGAAGUGGCUCAGUGUCCCAACUUCUGGGCGAUGCCGGUGCACGCGCUGUACGAGUGGCGAAGGCAUGUCAACAUCCUCGAUCGCACCCUUCUGGGGUAUUACGAGCAAGCUUUGGAUGAGGCGGAGAAGGAUUUGGACCGAGCGGCAUCUGAGCCCGAUGUUCUUGACACAUCCAUUGUAACUCCUUCUGGACGACCCUCAGCUCCCCGAUCUGGUCGCAAACGCUCGGUGAAAGAUGAGACUGCGGCUCCAGGCGGAUCUGGUCCUGCUUUUAAGUUCCUAAAAGCACGACCUGACCGUUUGGAUUUGCUUUUCAUGCGUGCUUUGGAAGCUCUUAGCCCAUUUGGGUCGAAUGGGCAGAAGGUCAAAAUCUCGUUACUGUGUAGUUCACACCCUUAUUGA